UAAGCUUGCACCAGAACUUCUAUAGAUAACUGAUGCAAUUGCCCAGAUUCAUUAGAGCCUGUCUUCUCGGAAACAGUCUUUUUGUCUUUUGAGACAGAGGAAAGGUCUGCACAUAUCCUACCUACUUCAACACUGCAUCUGGGUGCUUAUUUGGUUUGGUUUCUUUAUCCUUAUCGAACGAUAUAGACACUUUAUAAAGUAGUUGGUUAUCAAUACAAGAAAGACUUGUUUUAAUCUGUGUUCUUGUUAUACUGUACAUAAAAAAGGAGAGAGAGAUGGAGGUUUGUUUGACAGAAGAAGAACGAGAUGUGGAACAGGAGAAGUCAUCAGGACUGCAAAAGGGUGGUCUAAUAACCAUGCCAUUCAUCAUAGCCAAUGAAUCAUUUGAGAAAGUGGCAAGUUUUGGGGUAGUGCCAAACAUGAUAACAUACCUCACAUCGGAUUACCACAUGGGAAUCGCCCAGGGCACGACCGUGCUCUUAAACUGGAUGGCUGCUACCAAUUUAUUACCCAUCGUUGGUGCUUUCCUCUCUGAUUCCUUUCUUGGACGCUUCCUCACUAUUUUUCUUGGUUCUAUCUUCAGUCUCCUGGGGAUGAUCCUUCUAUGGUUGACGACAGUGAUCCCAGGCGCAAAACCGAUUUUUUGUGAUAUCCAGGUCCCUCAGUCUUGUAAAUCACCGACGUUCAUCCAGUACACGCUCCUCUUUUCAGCCUUCGGUUUUAUGUCUAUUGGAGCUGGUGGGGUAAGACCGUGUUCCUUAGCAUUUGGAGCAGAUCAAAUAGACCGCAAAGAUAAUCCCAAGAGAGAGAGGGUAUUAGAGAGCUUCUUUGGCUGGUACUACGCGACCGCCAUUAUGGCUGUUUUGAUUGCAUUUACGGGUAUUGUCUAUAUUCAAGAGCAAUAUGGAUGGAGAGUUGGUUUCGGGAUCCCAGUAAUUCUCAUGUUCUUUUCUACAAUCCUAUUUGUCGUUGCUUAUCCUCUGUAUUACAUGGCAAAGGUUGAAAGAAGCAUGUUUACUAGCUUUUGCCAAGUGAUAUUGGUGGCUUGGAAAAACAGAAAGCUCACCUUACCUUCUCUGACUGAUGGCUCAUGGUAUAAUCGGAAUGAUACGGAGGUUAAUACCCCCACAGAGACCUUGAGGUUCUUGAAUAAAGCUUGCAUCUGUAAGGAACCUGAAGAGAUGAGCAAAGGAGUUUCCAAAGAUCCAUGGAGCCUCUGCACAGUAGAGCAGGUUGAAGAGCUAAAGGCGCUUAUUAAAGUGAUACCAUUAUGGUCUUCCAGUAUCAUGUUAUCUGUGACCAUGAACCAAAGUACAUUUCCAGUCCUCCAAGCUAACAGCAUGGAUAGACAUAUCACUUCAAGCUUUGAAAUCCCAGCAGGCUCCUUUUCCUUCUUCUCAAUAAUAACCAUAAUGGUUUGGGUUGUACUAUAUGACCGAGUGAUCAUCCCCUUAUUGUCAAAAAUCAGAGGGAAACCGGUAUAUAUCAGUGUAAAACUAAGAAUGGGGGUUGGUCUUAUUUUCUCAAUAACAGCCAUGGUGAUUUCUGGGAUCAUAGAACACACGCGGAAAACCAAAGCAAUUGAAGAAGGAUUUUUGAACAACUCUCAGGCGGUGGUAAAUAUGUCGGCUAUGUGGCUUAUUCCACAGCAUGUCCUCAAUGGAUUAGCAGAUGCUUUGAACAUUAUAGGCCAAACGGAGUUCUACUAUUCUGAAUUCCCAAAGAGUAUGUCGAGUAUUGCAUCUUCUCUUUACUUGCUUGGGUCCGGUGUGGCAAGCUUGUUGGCUAGUUUUAUCCUAAGCACUGUGGCUGGUCUUACCAAAGGGGAGGGAAAAGAGAGUUGGAUUUCUAGCAAUAUAAACAAGGGUCACUAUGAUAAGUACUAUUGGCUUCUUGCUAUAAUGAGUUCUGUAAAUUUCUUUUAUUAUGUCGUGUGUAGUUGCACUUAUGGUUCUUGUGCAGAUAGAGUGGUUGUAGAGGGUGCGAAAAUUGAUAAUUUCGCAGAAGAAAAGGAAUCAGAAGUUGAGCAAUUAUCUGAGACAAGAUCUACAUAG